UUUUCUAGAGGAAAACGAAGGCAGAAGUUGAUACAGUUGCACCUCCUCUGCAUUCAGGUUCACUCGUUCAUCCUGGUUAUCAUCACUUCUCUCUCUCUCUCUCUCUCUCUCUCUCUCUCUCUCUCUCUCUCCACCAUUGAAUGAGCUUGGUACCGAAGAAACUUUAAGCAAGUAAUUACCAGUAAUCGUGAAGACCUGUUCAACAAUCAUGUACUUUAUGCUCAAGAGGAAGCAUAUCAUGGUUUCUGUAAAACAAUGUUCUGAGAGUAAAUGACACAAUUUCAUACAAGUUGAAUCAAGCUACACAAAUGAUGUCUACAACUGCAAUUGGACUAAGGGCAACAAAUAGCCUCUUGGGUUCAUCCUAUUUUUACUCAGAUACAACUGAAAAAUUCUCCUGCAAUGGUGAUAUUAGCUUCACAUUUGUCACUACAAAGAACACAAUCACUGCAAAGAAACAAUCCAACUACAGCCAUAGUCUUACAUCCAAACGAGAUACAGAUUCCCAUUCCAUAAGAGCUUUAAAACAACAUGUAGCUACUUCUUCUGAUCCUUCAAUCUCUACAGACCAAUGGGUUCAAAGAUUUCACCACUUGGAAGACAAAAGCUCUGAACAAGAACUUCCUGUUGAAGCUUUACUACUUUUACAAUCUUUCCUGGAGAAGCAGUGGAAACUUCCAACCGAGAAGAAUACAAAUACAACUACAGAUACUCCCACAGAAAAAGACAGCAAAAAAAUACACAUCAUUAGCUCACAGAUAUCUGCACGAAAGCGUAGAAUAGAAGCAAGGAAGAAAACACCAAAUAGUUGCUCUGAAAUUGGUUCAGAGCUCCUUCAAAAUCAAUUUAAAGGUCAUGUUAAAGGGGUAAGAAGUGAAGGACUUCUCACUCAAUCAGAGGUGAUCAUUCUAUCAAAGAAAAUCAAAAUCGGUUUACGCUUGGAAGAGCAGAAAUCAAGACUGAAGGAAAAAUUGGGAUAUGAACCUUCAGAAGGGCAACUUGCAAGUUCCAUGAGGAUUUCAAGAAUGGACUUAAGAAAAAAACAAAUUGAAAGCACUUUGGCAAGAGAGAAGCUUGCAAUGAGCAAUGUUCGUUUAGUGAUGUCUAUUGCAAAAAGAUAUGAUAACAUGGGAGCUCAAAUGGCUGAUCUUAUUCAGGGAGGUCUAAUUGGACUACUUCAAGGGAUAAAAAAGUAUGAUUCAUCAAGAGGUUUCAAGAUUUCUACCUACGUUUAUUGGUGGAUACGACAGGGUGUUUCAAGAGCUCUGAUUGAGAAUUCUAAAAUCCUAAGAUUACCUACUCAUUUGCAUGAAAGACAAAGUGCAAUCCGGAAUGCCAAAGCCAAACUAGAGGAACAAGGAAUAACUCCAUCAAUUGAUAGAAUUACAGAAAGUCUGAACAUAUCCAGAAAAAAAGUUAUAAACGCAACUCAGGCAAUCACUAAAGUAUUCUCACUUGAUAAUCCUGGACAAACACUGGAUAGUGACAUUGCAGAUAAUUGCAUGGAAAACGACCCAUGGCAUGGAGUAGAUGAAGCAGCUCUCAAGUAUGAAGUAAACAAGCUCAUAAACAUGACUCUAGGGGAACGCGAGAGAGAUAUCAUUCGUCUUUACUAUGGUCUUGACAAGGAAUGCCUUUAUUGGGAGGAUAUUGGUAAAAGAAUAGGGUUAUCGAGGGAACGUGUUAGGCAAAUUGGACUUGUUGCAUUAGAGAAACUAAAACAUGCUGCAAGAAAGAAUGGACUUGAGGAAAUGUUGGUGAAACAUUAAUUUUCGGUAUGUUUUUUUGUACUAGUAAAGUUUGUGUAUUCAAUUCCCUAGUUAAACAUAGUAAAGUAUAUAUACUACACUAAGAGUUGAGUACACUAUAUAGAAUAAUCUUCAUACACAUAAUGCAACAAAAAGUUGCAUGUAUCAUUUUGUUCCAAGAGAAUAUAUAUAUUAUUGCGAGUUUGUUUCGAUGUA